AUGGGAAAUGAUGGUAGCUCGAUUGCGAGGGUCAAAACGCUACUGACAGCUACAAAACCGCGUGGUGAUAACCGUCGCCACUCACAGUCUGGAGAUUUCGAUUCCGUGUCAAAAUGGUCAGUUUGUAGGCUUAGUAGCUCACGAUUACAGUUACCGGUGGUUAGUGAUUAUCGUGGCAAUCUUUUAAACAAAGAGUCGGUUCUGGAAUGGCUGCUGACACCGCACAAGGAAGACUACACUGAGGAUCAGGUUCGCCUUUUUGGUCACAUCAAGAGCCUCAAAGACGUGGUAGAGCUGAGCAAUAUCGUUGAAGUAGACUCCAGUGACAGUGGGGUGUUGCUGAGAUGUGAUUUGGGCGAUGAAAUCUGGGGCAGAAGCUCCGGGAAAUUGGCAUAUCUGGCAGAAUGCGGCCAUGUUCUGCCUCGACGCAUGCUUCAACAGGGCGAUUGCCCUGUUUGUAGUGCUAAGUACACCCGACCAGAUAUCAUAACACUAAAUCCCAGCACGACCGAACUAGUCGAGCUGGAGGAUCGCAUGAAUAAACUCGAACGAAGUGGCCUAACUCAUAGCGGGAUGCCUGUAAAAAUAAAGAAGCGCAAGUCGAAGGUACAAGGCGAUCCUGACAAAGCCUCCAAACGCCAAGAAAGGUAA